AUGGACUAAGAAACAAUCUUAAAUUUAAAAUGCUAACAAAAUGAUCAUUUUUUACAGAUAGAAACUGUUUGUUAUAACUAAUUUUGCGAAGAAUUCCGAUUAAAUUGUCUAAAAUGCAUCAAUGAAGGAGCCCAUCAUUCUCAUUUUAAUGAUGUUCAAAAAGUACACAGCUUGGAGGAAUUUUUAUAAAAUUGUAAUCAGAAAUGUGAUCAGUUUAUUAAUGAACUUAAAAAAUUUAUCGAAGGUUUGAAUCAAUCAUUCUCAUAAUUUACAAAGGGAAUAAGAGAAAAAUAUUCUUUUUUAAAAGGAAAAUAUUUGAAUAUAAACUUGUAAUAAAUCAAUGAUUUCUUGAAUUAAGCUCUAUAAUUCAAAGAAUACAGAUAGUCAAUUACAAAUAUCAUUUAAGAAUAAAGCAAAAAAAUAAAUCAUUCAUUUUAAAAUUUAUAUGAAUAACUAAAAUUAUAUUAACUUAGUUAUAAUUUGAAAAAUGAUAAUGAUAUUAAAUAAUCAUAAGAAUUUUAUAGUAAAGGUAAUCAAUCAUAUUACUACAAUCCUUAGGUUAUAAAUUAUACUGUGAUUCUCAACUUGAUUAAUCAAUAGAACAGUUAGAUGUAUCAAUUUAAUUAGAUCCUAAUAAUUUUCAAUCUCUAUGGUGUAAAGGUAAUGAUCAUAUGUUAUUAUUAUUAGGUGCAUGUUUAAGAUUGUAAGAUAAAUAUGAUGAUGCAUUAAUUUGGUUGGAUAAAGCAUUAGCAAUUAAUCCCAAGCAUGUUAAUUCCUUGAGUAAUAAAGGUAGAUAUAAUUUCAAUUAAAUUAUUAGGCACAUGCUUAAGAUCACUAAAAAGAUUUGAAGAUUCUUUAAAGUGUUUUGAUUUAGCCCUCUCUAUUGAUCCCUUUAACACCUUCUCACUACAAACCAAAGGUAUGUUUUUGUUUUAUUUUUUAGGGUUAUGUUUACAAGAUUAAGAAAAAUAUCUAGAAGCUGUGAUUUAUUAUGAAAAAUCAUUAAAGUAUAAACCUAAUGAUAAAUGGGUAAAAAACUAAAAGGGUAUACUAAAUUUGUUAAUUUAGAUUUUUGUGAACAGAAAUUAAAGUAAUGA